AUGUCUAAGAAGCGAUUCUCACUGGUAAAUGCAUCGGAAAAUUUCCAUAAUUUCCAAGUUAACGUUGACCAAGUAAUCAAUUGGGAUUUGUGCUUUAUAUGCCAAGAGGAAUCAUCAACAAGUCCAUUAAUAUGUCCAGGCAGCAGCACAUCAGAUGAUGGAACUCGCGGCUACUCGACUGUAAUUGAUAAUUUGAAGAAUUUCAAGGCUAUUGGAAAACUAUCUGCUUGGUUGAAGGUAAGAAUUGACAGAGAAAACGUACUUCAAGAUUUGAUUCAAAAUAAGGCUAAAUUCCACAAAUCAUGUCGAAAUAGUUAUGACAACUAUCACUUUGAGCGUGCAUGCAAAAGACAGAGGACAGAAGAAUGUUCUGAGGAAAGUUUGCUAACUCCAAGUACACGUUCAAAAUUUGUCGCCCAAAAUUUUAUCCCUACUUGCUUUUUCUGUGACGAACCCGACACUGCUGGAAAUCUGUGUAAUGCACAGACUCUUGGCUUAGAUACAAGAGUGAGAGAUGCAGCAACAAGGCUAUCAGAUGAAAAGCUUCUCGCUAAAUUAAGUGAAGGAGAUCUUGUGGCAAUCGAAGCACGAUACCAUAAAAGUUGUUUGAUAGCUCUCUAUAACAGGCUUUGUGUGACAUGUUUGCUGCUACCAGCAGAUUUUGAAAACGACAUUCUUUACGGUAUAGUUGUUACUGAAGUUGUAGAGUACAUAAGGGAAUGCAUUACAUCAUCGGAAGAUAUCACGCCUGUUUUUAAGCUCAGGGAAAUAAAGACGUUGGUAUCUAAUAGAUUAGCUGAAUACAAUGCUUCACAAGAAAGUAUCGAAAGGAUUCACAGCACUAGACUUAAAGAAGACAUUCUUAAGGAGCUUCCUGAUCUUUCCGAGGCAAGACAUGGCAGGGAUGUUUUACUGACUGCUGAAAAUGAUGUUGGAGCCGCAAUAUUCAAUGCUUGUACAUUAAGUGGUCAGAGUGAUGGAGCUUGCUUAGCAAAGGCUGCCCGUAUUGUCAGAAAACAGCUUUUUGCUGAAUCCCCACAGCCAGUCGGUAUUCUAGAAAACUUUGGUGAAAACUCUGCUGUUCCUUCUUCGUUAUUCUGUUUAAUCAGCAUGAUUCUGGGACAUUCAGACAUAGGCCUAGAGGACGAAGAACAUAAGAAGAGCAAAGCUGCUGUGGCCAUUUCUCAACUUAUUCGUUUUAAUGCAGUCAAAAAGCCAAGGAAAUGUAACAAUUCCACACCAGACAACACAAGGCAUCUUAGAAAAUAUGAAACGUCUUUUCCGCUAUAUACUGGCUUAAUGUUACACUCAAAAACGCGGAAAAAGGGCAUUGUGUCCGCUCUUGCAGGUUAUGGAAUGAGUGUUUCUUAUGACAGAGUACAAGAUAUCGAGCUUUCUGUGACAAAACAGCUUUGCAAAGUGUUUCAGGAAAAGGGAGUUGUUUGUCCACCUACGCUUAAAAAUGGCAUAUUCACAACCGCUGCCAUAGAUAACAUAGACCACAAUCCUUCAUCAGCGACAGCCACAGAAGCCUUCCACGGUACCAGUAUAUCCAUAUUUCAGCAUCCAGAGGAGAAACAUCCUGACCUAGGCCUCCUUUUUGAUAAAGGAAUCGAGAAGAUUAAUGUUCCAAUAGAAUUGCCAGAAAGUUACACAACAAUUUUUCCUGCAAAAACACUUCCCUCGCAAUAUCCACUCCAACAGGUUUGUGCACAAGAUGUAACUAGUAACGAUCAGUCAAAAUUAUUUACAGCAGAUGAGUGGCUUGGAAAUAUUAGCAGUUUCAAUAACGCCGGAGGGAUGGAGACUCCCGAUGUAAACGAACGGAUAUCGUGGUCAGCAUUUCACGCGAGACGAGAACAGCCAUCUGCAGUUCAGCAAAAGUCAACGUCUACUCUUUUGCCCUUACUAAGAGAGUCCGUGGCAUCAACAGCUGUGGUACGCCAUACAAUGAAUAUUGUUAAUCUCGUCCUUCAAGAAGUUAACCCUGGACAAGUAUCUGUUUUAACUGGCGAUCAGCCAGUUUAUGCGAUUGGCAAACAGGUUCAGUGGCAUUAUCCCGACAAUUACGGUGAGGACAAAUUGGUUAUGAUGAUGGGCUCACUACAUAUUGAAAUGAACUUUCUCUCUGCAAUUGGUGACUGGCUUGAAGGAAGUGGUUGGGUUGAACUGCUUACUAAAUCUUCCAUCAACACCCCAGGAAGAGCUGAGAGCAUGCUUCGAGGAAAUCAAGUUAAAAGAUCCCGAUAUGUCCACCAAGUAUCGUGUGCUGCUUUGUACAUUCUCUUAUCAGAUGCAUACGUUGAAUCUGCAGACCAAGAUAUGUCUUUUCAUCAAUGGGUAGAAGACAGGCGUCGCUCAUUUGUUCAAUUCCACUACUGGUUAACCAUUAUUGAGCUGGAGGCGUUGCUGCUAAUGUUUGUGCGAAGCCUUAGGGAGUCAAAUUUCCAAUUGUUUAUGAAUGCCCUUGAUGAAAUCGCUCCUUGGAUGUUUGCCCUAGAUCACACGCAUUAUUCCAGAUGGUUGCCAAUUUUUAUUCAAGAUAUGAAAAUGCUUGAAAUAAAGCAUCCAAAUAUUUACAAUGAAUUCCAGAAAGGUCAUUUUACGUACAAGAAAACGGACAGACCAUUUUCCAGUAUGGCAGAGGAUCAAGCGCACGAGCAGAAUAAUAAGGAUGUGAAGACUGAUGGAGGGGCGGUUGGUAUCCUCGACAAUGAGAGCUCCUUGAUGAAAUGGAUGAUUGGUGUCCCGGAAAUUCCGCGCUUAGUGAAAGAUUUCAACAGAAAAUAA